AAGAGCCGUAAAUGUAUGGGUGGUAUUCUUGUAAUUUUAAAAGCAUCACCCAAUAGCUUGAUAUUGGUGUCUCAGAAACACAUUAACACAAAAUUGAAGACUUUGGCAAGGUUAUGAACAGGAGAAAUUGAGAGUACAGCAAUGGCUACCUGCGAAACAAGCUGUGAAUUUGGAGUCCAGUCACUCUCUGAUGUGAGGAUUGUGUUAUUGGGCAACAGAGCAGCAGGGAAAACCUCUUUGGCAAACCUCAUAAUAGGUAAUGCAGAGCCUCAUUUGAAGAGAACUGCCCAGUGUGUGAAGAUGCAAGGAGAUUUUGCCGGAAGGCAAAUCACUGUAGUUGAUACACCAGGCUGGUGGAAAAACUACCUUGUUAAAGAAACCCCUGAAUUUAAAAAACAGGAGAUUGUGCUUAGCAUGGCCCAUUGUCCCCCUGGGCCCCACGCCGUUCUGCUGGUCAUUCGUGUGGACACUAUGUACAAAGAAAAGCACAGAAGAUCGACACAGGAACACCUGGAGCUUCUAAGUGAAAGUGUCUGGAAUCAUACUAUAGUUGUGUUCACGUAUAGAGACCAGUUACAGGAACAAACUCUUGAAAAGCAGAUUGGAAGUGAAGGGGAAUCUCUUCUGCUCUGGCUUGUGGAGAGAUGUGGGCACAGAUAUCACAUUCUGAACACUGAGAGAGCCACUGGAACGCAGUUGGCAGGGUUAUUUGAGAAAAUAGACACAAUGGUCGUGGGAAACAGUGGCUGCCAUUUUGAAAUGGGCAGAAAAUGGUUACAUAAGGUAGAAGGAAUGAUGACGAGGAGACACAUGAGAGCAAACCAGAGAAGGAAGAUGGUACAAGAACAAUGGGGCACUCUACCUGUGCAUCAAGGUCAUAAACAAUUCCACAUCAGCAAGAUGAGGAUGAUAUUGUUAGGUUGCCGAAGAGCUGGAAAGAGUUCAGCAGGAAACACUAUUUUCAGUGUGUCGACAUUCAUCUCAAAGAGAACCACGCAUUGUGUGAGAAGACAAGGGGAUGUGGCUGGGACACAUGUAGCUAUAGUGGACACACCAGGCUGGUGGAAGUCUCUCCCAGUAAGUGACACCUCUCAACUGGAUAAAGAGGAGAUAUUACUCAGCAUGUCCCUCUGUCCCCCAGGACCACACGUUCUUCUGCUGACCUUGCGUGUAGACAUGUCAUUCACAGCAGAAGAGAAGAAAUCAGUGGAGGAACACAUGGAGCUUCUUGGUGAGAGAGUCUGGGCUCACACCAUAGUUCUUUUCACCCAUGGAGACUGUCUGGGAGAUGUAACUGUUGAAGAGUUCAUUGAGAGUGAAGGGAAGACUCUACAGUGGCUAACUGAGAAAUGUGGGAACAGGUAUCAUGUUCUCAACAAUGAAAACUGGAAUGAUGGCAGUCAGGUGACAAACCUGCUGGUGAAGAUAGAGAAGAUGGUGGCACAAAAUAGGGGUCAUCAUUAUGAAAUUGACCCCAGAACUCUAAAAGAAGUGAGGCAGAAGAGGAAAGCAGCAGAUAAGAAAGCAAAGACAAGAGCAAAGGAACAAAGACGGAUGUGGAAGAUAAGUGCAAUGAAAGGGCAAUAAUUAACAAGUUCCAAUCAAAUGGAGAUCUUAAGAAUCGGCCUGGAAAAGGAUGUGUGACCAAACUGUCUCCACG